AUGGAGCUACACAUCCGAAAGGAGCAGAUGUGUUGGAGCUUGCAAGAGACCUGUCCUGAUAGCGACGCCCCACUGUAUAUCUUUGAGGACAUUACGUCCACUAUCAAGGAGUGUGUCCGGGACUUGAGGAGAUUUCUGCACAGUCAGAGGUGGAAUUGGGCAGAUAGUCGGCGGUCAAGGGCAUGCGAUAGUGAAGACGUGAUGGAGGACAUUACAGCAUGGUGGCAUGGUUCCGCAGACGCGGCGGAAGAUGAAGAGCUCGCCUGUAAGGAGAACCUUGACUGGGUGGAUGAAAUUGCUUGGGAUCGUCACUGGGUAGAUGAUGACUGGAAGAGAAAGGGGGCUAUUGAAGCGGCGAUUAUGAGGCUGCGUGUGGCUGAAUGGGUCAAGAAAUUAUAA